UUUACAGCGGGAUCGGAGGGUGGUGCUUCUGGGCGCAUGGGUGUAGGUGGGUUUACAGCAGGUAACAGGAGCUGGCCUUUUUACACCUUCGGGCAAAGCUGAACAUUCAGAACUUUUACUAUCCUGCCAACCCACGGCCAUGAAUAUCUCCUUGUCUGGCAAGCGUGUGCUCGUCACGGGCGCCGGCCGCGGCCUCGGAAGAGGCGUGGCGCUGCGCGUGGCCGCGUGCGGCGGCCAUGUCAUCGCCGUGUCGCGCACGCAGGCCAACCUGGACAGCCUGAAGGCCGAGUGUGCGGCCAUCGAGACCGUCGCCUGCGACUUGAGCGACUGGGCGGCGACGCGCGCCACACUCGAGGCGCUGGGCCCCGUCCACGGCAUCGUCAACAACGCCGGCGUGGGCUUGCAGGAGCCGUUCAUGGAGGUGCGGCCGGAGAGCAUAGACGCCAUGUUCGACAUCAACCUGAAGGCGGUGGUGAACGCGUCGCAGGUGGUGGCGCGCGGCAUGCUCGCGCGCGGUGAGGGCGGCGUCAUCGUGAACAUGUCGUCGCAGGCGUCGCAGCGGCCGCUGGUCGACCACGCCGUCUACAGCGCGUCGAAGGCGGCGCUGGACCAGCUGUCGCGCGUCAUGGCGCUGGAGCUCGGGCCGCAGGGGAUCCGCGUCAACUGCGUCAACCCCACCGUCGUGAUGACUGACAUGGGGCGACUCGGCUGGUCGGAGCCGGCCAAGGCGGAGCCGAUGCUGCGCGCCAUCCCGCUCGGCCGCUUCGCCGAGGUCGAGGACGUGGUGGACGCGGUGGUGUUCCUGCUCAGCGACCGGGCCAAGAUGAUCAACGGCGUCCGACUGCCGGUGGACGGCGGGUUCACCGCCUGCUGAGGACGCAGCUGCUGCUAAGUAGGCUCGGCAGACGACCUCCUGUUAGACAGAAGUGGACAGCUCCUGUUGAGCUGUUGCUGAGGAGCCGGCUAUGUCUCCUGCUGAGCUUCUGCUGAGGAGGCGGCUAUGGCUCCUGCUGAGCUGCUGCUGAGCACGCGGCCGCAGCUCGUGCUGAGCUCCUGCUGAGCAGGCGGCCUCAGGUGCUGAUGAGCGGUGGUUGAUGCUGGGGACUGAUCGAGGACGGGAGGAGCUGCUUAAGAAGCCUGCAAUAGCUUGGCGUAGACGUCUUCGUUUAUAACAGACACGCAUGCUCGGAAAGCACAUCUGAAAGGAAUUAUGUACAGUGCGUAAAAUGCAUCACAGAAUUUCGAUAGUGGGUCGCAUUGCUUGUCUUUAAGAGAAAGGCAUGAAUUAUCGGUAGCUGAUGGCGACAAAUCAUUGUGCUGUAUGUCAUACGCGUCCUGAAUUAGAUAUGCAUCCCGAUUUCAGAACGUUUGUUUUAAUGCUACUGAAGUGUAUCCGAUGAAUAUGGUACAGGUUUAUCACGUACUCAUCGCUCCUGAUGAACCGCUAUAACUGUUGUGUCAUUUGAUGGCAUGUCAUUGUGUUGAGGUACUUCGAUGCCCCUGAGGCUUUUAUUUGUUACGUGGGCCGCAAAGAAAACUUACCAAAGUGUCGGCGCGAGCCACGUGUUUGUUACGUGCGCAUUGGGCCACUCUGCAGGAGAUUCUGAAGGCAUUAUGUUUCAGCGGGAUGGUAGAAGAUUGAUUAUGUAGUGCUACCGAGCUUUUACUCAAAUAAAAGGGUGCUGGAGACAAACGUGUUUUAACACGCCCGGGCGGCCGGUUGGGUACCCUUCGCUUGGGUGGGGUUCGGUUUGGCCCGCUGAGAUACCAUGAACUAAGAGGGAUAGAGACACCAAAUUCCCAGGGUAUGCUUGCCUGUACGUAAAUUCACUUGGGUCAAAGUUUGUUCACGUAUUCUAAUUCUUAGAUAGGCACUGUAUCGUGUUAAUGGCUGGCACUUGCUCCUUUUUAACCCCCUGAAUGUUGGUGUCCUGUAAGAACUGUCGCUUGCCGUUUUAAAAAAAAACCUGAAAAAUCGAGCAGGAUCGUCAACAGGCAAUUUUGAAUUCGCUUCCGCUUUUGUAUCGAUAGGGGCAUGUCGACGAAAUAUCAACCCAACCUUAUCUCCAUUCUCUUGCUUUUUUUCCGAGCAAUAAGACUACUCUCUUAUCGAAGUGUAUAAUGCUCCUCGCUAUUGCAGUGAGCAACUUACGCAAGACUGCCUUGAGCUUUACAUUUGAAUCAGCGACAAAGAUAAUUCCUGUCAGCAUGUUCCCAAAAAGCAACAUGUUGACCCGCGUCAUUUUAGGUCAGCGACCUACUCUGACCAUAAAUAAGUUCAUGGAAGAUGUCUAAUGGGGUUCCUGCUAUCAAUAAAUUUAAAAUGGACACCAGAAGCUAUCCCAUACAGCAAGCCAUAGAGAAAUAAAGCAAGUUGGCAUAAUAAUAAAGCAAAGAAAUAAAGCAAGCAAAGCAAAGAAAUAAAGCAAUAAAGCAAAUAAAGCAAAUAAAGCGACCAGACGUCUUUCAUAGCCAAUGUCGGCCGACCCGGUCCCCGCCCGCUCCGCCACAGAAUACGGGCACGAAGCCAAGCUUCCUCAUGGAAUGCCGCCGGUCACGAAAUGCGCUGUGCCGACCUCGCGCUACCGGUGCGCAACGCCGCCAUCCCGGUGCUCCCACCAAGCGCGGGCGCCGGUCGCCGGCGCGGGGUCCGGCCGCUGCCAACCCGCUAAGAAACAAGCCGCCGGCCAGGUGCCCACUCCCGCCUGGCUAACACAACGGAAACGCUAUCUGCAGCCGCCACGACACGGCACGGCACGCGGCACGGUGGGGCGGCGCCGA